CGCAGCUGGCUGGGAUGCUGAAGCAGAAGGGCUGAGCCGUGGAUUUAAUGCACCGCGCCCCCGGGAAUUGUUGGUCAACUGGCCCCCUGGAUCCCAGGCUGAACUUUGCCUUGUCCCAGCCCCACCCUCCCCCGCCAGGUCCGGACUGCCGGCCCAUGUCCGCCUGAAAGGUGCCGGGUGUGAGCGAACGGCUCGGGCUGGGGGACGAGCCUGGCUAUGGAAGGCUCCAACGGAUUUGGGAUCGACUCCAUCCUGUCCCACCGAGCGGGGAGCCCGGCGGUGCCCAAAGGAGACCCUCUGAUGGGGGAAUGCAGGUCCCCCCUGGAACUAAGCCCCGGCUCCGAAGUCAGCAGCGGGUGCCCGUCUCCCCACUCGCCGGGGAAGGAAUGCCUGGAGGCGGUGGCCCCCAGGCAAGGGGUGGCCGUGGGCUUGGAAUCUCACCUCCAGCCGGGGCAGGGCUCGGCUCCUUCCCAAUCCAGAACAGUGACCUCGUCUUUCCUAAUCAGGGACAUCCUAGCCGAUUGCAAGCCCCUGGCAGCCUGCGCGCCUUACUCUAGCACCAAUGCACAGAGCGGCCCGGAGCCGGCGGGGCGAAUCCCCGCCAAACCCGGGGAGGACUUUCGAGAGAAAAUGGACAAAAGUAACAGCAACGCCUCGUCGGACUCGGAGUACAAAGUGAAAGAAGAAGGGGACCGAGAAAUCUCCAGCUCCAGGGACAGCCCCCCGGUGAGGCUGAAAAAGCCCCGCAAAGCUCGCACCGCCUUCACCGAUCACCAGCUCGCGCAGCUGGAGCGGAGCUUUGAGAGGCAGAAAUACCUGAGCGUGCAGGACAGGAUGGAGCUGGCGGCCUCCCUCAACCUCACUGACACCCAAGUGAAAACGUGGUACCAGAACAGAAGGACCAAGUGGAAGAGGCAGACAGCGGUGGGACUGGAGCUACUGGCUGAAGCUGGGAAUUAUUCGGCCCUCCAGCGAAUGUUCCCAUCUCCCUAUUUCUACCCGCAGAGCUUGGUCUCCAACCUGGAUCCAGGAGCGGCCCUCUAUCUGUACCGGGGCCCCAGCGCCCCUCCCCCGGCUUUGCAGAGACCUUUGGUACCCAGGAUCCUCAUUCACGGACUGCAGGGGGGUAGCGAGCCGCCCCCACCUUUGCCCCCCCUGGCAGGCGUCCUUCCGCGAGCGGCUCAACCGCGGUGAAGCGCCGACUCCGCAGCAAAGUCCGCUGCCAAGGAAGCCAAGAGGCCCCCUCUGCUCCCUUGCGUAGACCGUCCUGACCAUCAGAAACUGUACACCGAGCUGGGGGAGAGGCGGGCCAGAUCCUUGGCACUUCAACACCCGCCUAGCCACCACACAAAACCAUCGUUCACCCUAAAGGAGCAAGAGAAACUUGGAAAGGAAAAACACAUCAAACGAAAACAUCUUGCGCUAAAAUCUUGCGCGCUCUCGCUCUCAUUUUGCGCUAAAAUCCUGCGCGCGCGCUCUUUCGAUGCGGUUAGUGGUCAGCGCUACCUAACCGGGAAGGGGGUGAGAGCUCGCCUUCCUAGCAAUGGAGAAAGGGAACCCAACAAACAACAAUUCAAACUUCAUGUUCAAACUGGGGGAGGAGGACCGGGGAUGUGGGUGGACGGGACACGCGAUGAGGAAACACACAAAUAGACGAGUCUUUGUGAUGGCCCAGACACAGAGACUAUUAGCUCACUUCAAUAUUGCAGAAUAUCAUCCUCCUUAAAAACAUAGAGGGGCAGAAUUAAACCGCUCCGCGGUGUAUAAUCCCCCCCACACACACACACACAGUUGUUUCGGUCCUUUUAAAAUCUUUUUGCCCAUUGAGGCCUUUCUACCUCCUCCCCCGCUUUCUAGCACUAAAGUUUGCCACACACAAAAAGGCGACUUCGGGUCAGAGAAUACACAAAGAUCGAAUAAAUAAGGAAUCUCCCCAAGUUGCAGAAUUCAGAAACGUUCCUCUUUCAGACGGAGUUAGUUUGAAGAGAGGAACUGAAUUAAUCUAAGCCAUUAAAAAAAAAAGACGCAUUGCAUUUUAAAGGAUCAAUUACAAAACGAGGGUUAUGCCUGAGGAUUCUGUGUGCAAGAGACACGCAGUUAAAAAUAUCCCAGGUUUUGUUUCCACUCAAAAAAUUUACUGCGUUCCAAUUAUAUAGCGGCUUGAAGAUUUAUUUCACCAACAGGACUAGCUCCUUGCCAACUUCAGGGCAGGCUGGAGUUUCCAGUUCCUUGCAGUAGCUUUUAGCACCGUGCUCACGAUUAAUUAACCCUUUCCACUUGACCAACAAUGAGCCCAAUGCAUGGGAUGGGAGAUGGCUUAUGUACAGAACGGCGAUCGCUAGUUAUAAAUCUGAUUAUUAUUUUUAAUGAACAUAAUUUGAAAAAUGACCUGUGACCCAUCCGUGUGUCUGUCACAAACACACUCCCCGGAAAGAAGGAAAGACUUCCCUCAUGCUAAACACACACCUGCCUUCAGUGGUUUUUGCCUGAACAAGGACUGGGGAGGAUGAGGCAAAGGUAUUUGCACAUAAACUAGCUCACCUGAGCAUGGCUUCUAAUUGUUGUUUGUUUGUUCCCAAAGGCGUAUUAUCCAUUCUCCUUUCUGCCAUCCCCUUGCCCGGCUUUGCGCUAGGGCAUCCGGUCCUGGCCUUUGUAAGUAACAAUUCUACUUGUGCAGGAAUCGGGGUAGGUAGGGGGAUGUCCCGGAUGUGCUGACAUGAAACAUACAACACCUGUACCCUAAUCAGAUCCAUAAUGAACCGCUCGGAACUCACCUAUCGGAUCGCAGCGUUACGUAGCGUAAGAGGCGCCCUUUCAUGCUAACCCAAGAGUUCUUAAAAGUAUGUAACUAAGAAAAAAAUUGUAAAUACUUGUGUGCAAAAUGUAUAUGAAUUAUUUAUUUGUGAACCCCGAGGACGUAUUUGUGUAAGUGAUUCUUGUAAGUCUGUAUUCCCGGGUUCUCCUGUCUGGACUUUGCGAGGAAAAAUUCGGCUUUAAAGAGAUCAGAAAAGAAAAACAAAACAAAACUCUCUCUCUCUCUUUUUUUAA